CAUACCCAGAAUGCAAAGUGAGAGACAGCGAAACCUCGGCAGCCUGGAGCCUGUUGGGUUAUCAUGGCGAUAAGAGGCACGUCUUCCCCCUGAGUCUCCGUGGCAACAAACGCUUUGCUUUCCCGCUACAUGAAAACACACGCUGAGCCCCGAGCAGCGCGGAGACCUGCCGGACUUUCAGCCCAGAUUGGAGGAAGGACAUAGCGAGUGACCGUCAUGGCAGCGUCGGAGGAGCUGUACACAAAGUCUGCUCGGGUUUGGAUCCCUGAUGCAGAGGAGGUGUGGAAGUCUGCUGAGCUCACCAAGGACUACAAAAGUGGAGAUGUCUCCCUGCAGCUCAUGCUGGAAGAUGGAAAGAACAUUGAGCACAAGCUGGACCCUAAGACAAGAAACCUGCCUUACCUGCGAAAUCCUGACAUUUUGGUGGGCGAGAAUGACCUCACAGCGCUCAGCUACCUCCACGAGCCAGCAGUGCUGCACAACCUCAAAGUCCGCUUCAUCGACUCGAAGCUUAUCUACACUUACUGCGGAAUCGUACUUGUGGCCAUCAACCCGUACGAGACGCUGCCCAUCUAUGGAACGGAUAUCAUCAACGCCUACAGCGGUCAGAACAUGGGCGACAUGGACCCACAUAUCUUCGCUGUAGCAGAGGAAGCUUACAAGCAGAUGGCCAGGGAUGAGAGGAACCAGUCGAUUAUUGUAAGCGGGGAGUCUGGUGCAGGAAAGACGGUGUCAGCCAAAUACGCCAUGAGAUACUUUGCUACGGUCAGCGGCUCAGCCAGUGAGGCCAACGUAGAGGAGAAAGUCUUGGCUUCCAACCCCAUCAUGGAGGCCAUCGGAAAUGCAAAGACCACCAGAAAUGACAACAGCAGUCGCUUUGGGAAAUACAUCGAGAUCGGCUUUGACAACCGUUACCGUAUCAUCGGUGCCAACAUGAGAACAUAUCUGCUGGAGAAAUCGCGAGUGGUAUUUCAGGCGGACGAGGAGAGAAAUUAUCAUAUCUUCUAUCAGCUUUGUGCAUCUGCCCAUCUGCCUGAGUUCAAGGCUCUGAAGCUGAGCAGUGCAAAUGACUUCCUGUACACGAGGCAAGGCCGCAGCCCCGUUAUCGACGGAGUGGAUGACACCAAGGAGCUUUGCACCACACGCAAUGCCUUUUCCUUGCUGGGUAUUAAUGAGUCCUAUCAGAUGGGUUUGUUCCAGGUUUUGGCUGCCAUUCUUCAUCUGGGAAAUGUGGAGAUUAAGGACAGAGACGCAGACAGCAGUGUUAUUCCUCCCAACAAUCGUCACCUGAUGGCGUUUUGCGAGCUGGUGGGCGUGACCUACCAGGAUAUGUCCCAGUGGCUGUGCCACAGGAAGCUGAAGACGGCCACAGAGACGUAUAUCAAGCCGCUCCCUCGUCUGCAGGCCACGAAUGCCCGUGAUGCCCUGUCCAAACAUAUCUACGCCAAGCUCUUCAACUGGAUUGUGGAGCACGUCAACAAGGCUCUGGUGACAAAUGUUAAACAGCACUCCUUCAUCGGAGUCCUCGACAUCUACGGGUUUGAGACAUUUGAAAUCAACAGCUUUGAGCAGUUCUGUAUCAACUACGCUAACGAGAAGCUGCAGCAACAGUUCAACAUGCAUGUGUUCAAACUGGAGCAGGAGGAGUACAUGAAGGAGCAGAUCCCCUGGACUCUGAUCGACUUCUAUGACAAUCAGCCGUGCAUCAACCUCAUAGAAGCUAAGAUGGGCGUCCUGGACCUGUUGGACGAGGAGUGCAGGAUGCCUAAAGGUUCGGAUGACUCAUGGGCUCAAAAGCUGUACAACACCCACCUAAAGACUUGUUCCCUGUUUGAGAAGCCUCGCAUGUCCAACCGCGCCUUCAUCAUCCAGCAUUUUGCAGACAAGGUGGAGUACCAGUGUGAGGGUUUCCUGGAAAAGAACAAGGACACGGUGAAUGAAGAGCAAAUCAAUGUGAUGAAAGCCAGCAAGAAGUUUGACCUGCUGGUGGAGCUGUUCCAGGACGAGGAGAAGGCAACCAGCCCCACUGGUCAUGUCCAGGGAACCGGGGGCCGCACCCGUCUCAGCAUCAAACCCGACAAGAGCCGGGACACGAGCAGCAAAGAGCACAAGAAGACUGUCGGCUGUCAGUUUCGUAACUCUCUACAAAUGCUGAUGGACACGUUGAACGCAACCACUCCUCACUACGUACGCUGUAUCAAACCCAAUGACUUCAAGUUGGCCUUCUCGUUUGAUCCCAAACGUGCGGUGCAGCAGCUCAGAGCCUGCGGCGUCCUGGAAACCAUCCGCAUCUCUGCUGCAGGCUUCCCAUCGAGAUGGACGUAUCAGGAGUUCUUCAGCCGUUACCGAGUGCUGAUGAAGCAGAAGGACGUCCUCGCUGACAAAAAGUUGACCUGCAAGAACGUUCUGGAGAAAUUAGUGCAGGACCAGGAUAAAUAUCAGUUUGGUAAGACUAAGAUCUUCUUCAGAGCCGGCCAGGUGGCUUACUUGGAGAAGCUGAGGGCAGACAAGCUGCGUGCCGCCUGUAUCCGCAUCCAAAAAACCAUCCGCUGCUGGUUGGCACGCAAGAAGUACCUGCGCAAGCGCAGUGCCGCCAUUACCAUCCAAAGGUUCACCAGAGGAUACCAGGCCCGCUGCCUGGCCAAGUUCUUGCGCCGCACUCAGGCAGCCACUAUCAUCCAGAAGUACCAGAGGAUGUAUGUGGAGAGGAAACGCUACAAGCAGAAGCAGGCAGCCGCUCUGGCCAUGCAAACCAUCCUCAGAGCUUACAUGGCCCGGCAGAAGUAUCAGGCGCUGUUGCGGGAGCACAAGGCGGUAAUCAUUCAGAAGCACGUUCGUGGCUGGUUGGCCCGGUGCUGGUACAAGCGUUGCCUGGAAGCCAUCGUCUACCUGCAGUGCUGCAUCCGCAGGAUGAGGGCCAAGCGUGAGCUGAAGAAGCUGAAGAUUGAGGCUCGCUCAGUCGAACACUUUAAGAAACUCAACAAAGGCAUGGAGAACAAGAUCAUGCAGCUGCAGAGGAAGAUCGACGAGCAGAGCAAGGAAAACCGGUUGGUCAACGAGAGGCUAGUCAGCCUGGAGAGUUCCUACACAGUGGAGAGCGAGCGAAUGCGCGGCGAGCUGAGCCGGCUACGCGGGGUGGAGGAAGAUGCCAAGAACAAAGCCAACCAGGUGUCAUCUCUGCUGGAGGAGCUGGAGAGGCUGAAGAAGGAGCUGAGUGCCACGCAGCAGGAGAAGAAGACCAUCGAGGACUGGGCGCAAAGCUACAGGGACGAAAUGGAGAAAAUGGUGGCAGAGCUGAAGGAUCAGAACGGGCUGCUGAAGAAAGAGAAGGACGACUUGAAUCGGUUGAUUCAGGAACAGAGUCAGCAGAUGACAGAGAAAAUGACUCGUGCGAUAGCAGAGGAGACUCAACAGCUGGAGACCGACCUGAACGAGGAGCGUUCUCGCUACCAGAAUCUCCUGAGCGAACACCUUCGCCUCGAGGAGAAAUACGACGACCUCAAGGAGGAGAUGGCUCUUUCUUCGAACGUCUCGAAGCCUGGCCACAGGAGAACAGAUUCUACCCACAGCAGCAACGAAUCAGAGUACACGUACAACUCCGAGUACGCCGAGUUGGAAGACGGUACCCGUGGCCGCGAAGAUGUGACACGAGGAAUCGACACCUCGCUAACUCUCAAGCUGCAGAAACGUGUCACAGAGCUGGAGCAAGACAAGCAGUUGCUGCGCAACGAACUGGAAAACAGAGAGGAGCAGCUGCAGCGGGCUAGUGCCAUGGCUCGUGGGGCUGAGCUGGAGUACGAGUCCCUGAAGCGUCAGGAGCUCGAGUCAGAGAACAAGAAGCUGAAACAUAACCUAGAAGAGAUGAGGAAAAGUCUGCUCGGUAAUGCUGCUACAGGUGCCGGUGCUCCGGGCUCGCCAGCUUACAAGGUGCUCCUGGAACAGCUCAGCGCCUCCUGUGAGGAGCUGGAGGUCCGCAAGGAGGAGGUGCUGAUUCUGCGUUCCCAGCUGGUCAGUCAGAAGGAGGCCAUGCACCACAAGGAGACCAUGACGGAGCCUUCAGUGUAUAAAGAUGACGUGUCCAAACUGAAGGAUGACGAAGUCAAGCAAGCUUACGUAGGCCUCAAAGACACCAACAGAUCUGCUGCUCCAGACUUACGUAAGCUGAAUGAGGACGGAGAGCUGUGGCUGGUUAAUCAGGGCUUGAAGGAGACCAUCAGGCUACUGGAGCACCAGCUGCAGACUCAGCGGAGGACUUACGAUAAUGAGGUGGAGUCGUUGCGCAGCGAGCUGCAGAACGUCAAGGAGGAGAACAACCGGCAGCAGCAGCUCUUAGCCCAAAAUCUGCAGCUGCCUCCAGAGGCCAGAAUCGAAGCCAGUCUGCAACACGAGAUCACCCGGCUCACCAACGAGAACCUGGAACUCAUGGCAGACGACCCCACGGCAUCCCGAGAGGCUCGAGUCGUCAUUUUACGGCGGAUGGUUGAUCUGAUGGAGCAGCUAGAGAAGCAGGACAGAACAAUCCGAAAGCUCAAGAAGCAGCUGAAGGUUUACUCAAAGAGGAUUGGAGAGAUGGGAGCCGGUCAAACCGAAGGCCAGACAUCUCCGGGACAGAUGGUGGAUGAGCCGAUCCACCCUGUCAACAUUCCUCGCAGGGAGAAAGACUUCCAGGGAAUGCUAGAGUACAAGAAGGAGGAUGAAAUGAAACUGGUUAAGAACCUCAUCCUGGAACUAAAACCUCGUGGGGUAGCAGUGAAUCUGAUCCCAGGUCUGCCAGCCUACAUCCUGUUCAUGUGUCUGAGACAUGCAGACUACGUCAACGAUGACCAGAAGGUCCGCACUCUGCUCACGUCAACCAUCAACAGCAUUAAAAAGAUCUUAAAGAAACGAGGAGAUGAUUUUGAGACCGUCUCUUUCUGGCUGGCCAACACCUGCCGCUUCCUGCACUGUUUGAAACAGUACAGCGGAGACGAGCAAUUCAUGAAGCACAACACGUCGAGGCAGAACGAGCACUGUCUGUCCAACUUUGACCUCGCAGAGUACAGACAAGUGAUCAGCGACCUGGCCAUCCAGAUCUACCAGCAGCUGAUCAAAUGCAUGGAGAACAUCCUCCAGCCCAUGAUAGUCUCUGGCAUGUUGGAGCACGAGACCAUUCAGGGUGUGUCCGGGGUUAAGCCCACGGGCCUGCGUAAACGGACGUCAAGCAUUGCCGACGAGGGCACCUACACCCUGGACUCCAUCCUGCGACAGCUCAGCGCCUUCCACUCCACCAUGUGCCAGCACGGCACCGACCCUGAGCUCAUCAAGCAGGUGGUGAAGCAGCAGUUUUAUAUCAUCGGCGCUGUCACACUCAACAACCUGCUGCUACGCAAAGACAUGUGCUCCUGGAGCAAAGGCAUGCAGAUCAGGUACAACGUGAGUCAGCUGGAGGAGUGGCUCAGAGACAAAGGUCUGAUGACCUGCGGAGCCAAAGAGACGCUGGAGCCUCUGAUCCAGGCCGCUCAGCUGCUGCAGGUGAAGAAGAAGACUGACGAGGAUGCAGAGGCCAUCUGCUCCAUGUGCCACGCUCUCACCACUGCUCAGAUCGUAAAAGUCCUGAACCUCUACACCCCCGUCAACGAGUUUGAGGAAAGAGUGUCAGUUGCAUUCAUACGAACCAUACAGACUCGCUUGCGGGACCGCUGUGAGAGUCCCCAGCUGUUGAUGGACACGAAGAUGAUCUAUCCCGUCACCUUCCCGUUUAACCCUUCUUGCCUCGCACUGGAAACCAUCCAGAUCCCCAGCUCGCUCAACUUGGGCUUCCUCACCCGUGUCUAAUCCGAGCCCACGAGAGCACUCUGAGCCCUGCGGCGAUGUUGUCUUAGUGGCCACAGUCGGAUUUGCAAGUCACCGUCUCCCCCGAAAAAUUUAGAACACCACGAACACUCGCAAAUUUCACUCAAGUUAACACGAUUUGAAGUCACGUUUAAAUAAACAGGUGAAAAGUUUCAGCAGUUUCUCUAGUUUAAACUCGGACAUGCACGCACAUACAUGAAAAAUGCAGACACGUCACAUCUGUAAAGUAGUUUCAUCCUCCGAACGUACAGACGCACACUCGCCUUCUCUCUUUCACGAACGCACAGAUACGCACACACGUGGUCAUUUCCGCUGGUUUAAAUCUGGCCGUAAGCCCCGAGCAUCAUCCGCUGCUUGUACAAAACGCCUGCCUCUUAGAGAAGCCACAGGACCAGAUCAAUGCCUCCAGUACUCUCCAUCGAUCCUUCAUCUGCGUUUCCAGUAAUCAUUAAGAUAGUUGUUGUUGUUGUCGUCUCGAUACACGAGUUAUAAUUUGUCAGUCUAGCAGUCUGCCCUCAUGUUGGGUGAAUUCUGAGCUCCUGUGUGAGGGCUGCUGAAUGAUGAGGUGAAAAAGUCAGCGCUCUCUCCACCCCGUGUUGAGGUGACCACUGAGCAGGUUUCACUUUGUACGUUUUAUUCUCUGAACACGUCAAGCCAAGACAAAAUUCAUCAUCUGUACUAUAUUAUUUAUACAUAAAUAAAUAUAUAUAUAAAUAUAAAUAAUAUAUAUCCUGUAUUUUAUUUAUUGCACUUAUAGCUACAUCCCUUUUUAAGAUUAGAAGCUUCCCCCUUGCAGCGAAUGUGUCCGAAGUGAAGGAUGGGACCACUCUUUCCCACGGCAAACAGCUUCUUAGAGACAGUUUAAGUUUUAGUUGCUUCCUUGGCUGUUAUGUCAAUAUCAGGUAAAUAUGUAGUAUCUUUAAUGAGUGCCGGCACAGAUAAUUAUUUGUUAGGUCGCGUCUUAAACCUUGAGAUGUUUUUUUGUCAUGUUUAGCCUGCAUGUCUGGCAUAUGAAGUGUAGCACAGGUUUUAUAGACGACAGAUUGAGAAGGUUCGAGGUUCAAACUCUGCAAAGGGUUUAACCUGCGACAGUCUGCACCGUUUACAGCUGUGACCAAAGCCGAGCGUCACAGGAAACACUGGCAUGAACACAUACUGUAUGAGUACCAACCUUACACUCUGCUUACUGUUUUUUUUUUUCUUGUCUUCUGGCUCACAGCCAUAAAAAUGUUUUACUGUUGUCAUUGUGCGAUUAUUUAUUUUUUUCAGUAUUGUCAUUUUCUUAAGAUAAUCUAAAGCCAUGUAUUACUGAGCAGAAUAGAUGGAAAAGGCUCUAUGAAGUUUAAUGCAAAUCUGUUGAGCUUUACAUUCCCUCUGCUGCAUCCUCUCACUAACACAGCUCUGUUCGACUCCUCUUACAUCUCCUACCCGUCCACCUUCACUCAGCAUGUCCCAACGUGGGCUUUUAUUACCAGAAAAACAAUGUGUUCAUUUAUUCCUCUUCUCAGUUUCACAGCUGGGUUAAGGGUGACAAAGAAGUUUUGUUUUUUGUCUUUCUGUUGUAGGUGCACAUGUUCUUUCAGCUCAGAUUGUUUGCUUGCAUGCACCGCUACUCCUGCUGCCCCCACUUAAACUGCAUGGGUUUGGCAAAAUCCAAGUGCAUGUUUUUGAUUUUAAAGAAGAGAAACCCGGGCACAGGUGAAGUGUCGGACGAUUGUCUGGUAAUCUGCCCAUGUUGUGAUUGAAGUAGUUUUCACACAUGCAUCUGCUGGAUUUGUGAGAAGAGUUGCAUGAGAUAUUUAAUAUAUUUAACCUGCCAGCUCACGUUAAAAAAAAAAGUGCAGCUAAUUAUGGAGCUGAAUGGGUAUCAUGUCCAGCCUCCUACAUUACCCAGGUGGCACCCUCACCUAAACAAAAUCCCCUUUUCCCACUUAUGUGGGCAGCAGUACUGGAACCAGUGCUGAUGUGAAAACAGUUCCGAGAAUAAGCUCACAUUUCAGCAGGUGUGAGAAACCGUUAUUAUGCAGUGUUACCAGCAGAUUUUGGGUCAUUUCCAUGUGAAGAACUCAGGCCAGUCAUUGGUCAGUUUCUUGUGAUAGUCCCUCCUAUAUUCACUGACAUCACUGGUCAGGGUUAGGCACAAGUGCUUUUUGAGAAAAUGUAUAAAACCAGUUUAGACUGGGUACAGUGGAAAAGAAGUAAAAGGAUGCACUGACCGGAUUCACCAGCCAUUAUUCAGAGUUUGUGUGUGAAAACAGCUUUUCCUCCAUUUGCUGCCUCUUCUUUUGGCACUUCUAGUUUACUUCCUGUUGUGCCAUUAGUAUUAAGCUGCCUCUCGCCUUGAUGUGAACCUUAUUUUGCCCAGUGACCUUACCCUUUCAAAAACCACAUUUCACUUUGAUGGAAUAUUUUCUCCUAACACACGUGAACUGGAUUCUGCAGUUUUGAUUUUAAUUUCUCGAACCUUUUCAAGGAUGUAAAAUUUACACGCAGAGGGGAAAAAAACUAUUAAGUUGAAGUACGAAUGCCAAACUCUAAUUUUAAGUGGAGUAAUUAUGUAAAGCUAUUUUGUGUUGCACUUUCCUGGGACCAUGUUUUUGUUAUAUUGGUUGGAUUUGUAGCUGGUUUAAUGUAUGUCGCGUGCAAAGAGAACAUAUCUUGUAGGCGUAAGAAAGACGGUUAAUGAAGGAAUUAAUCAACUAUAUGAAUGUUUAAAAACAUUGAAGCGUAUCAUGAUUUUUAGCUGCACAUUGUAGACCAAGCCUUAUCUGAAUCACUUGCUAUCUGAAUGACUUACACACAUGAUCAACGAACAUUGUGGCAUUGUUUUGUUCUGUCAGUGCAGUUUUUUUUCUUUCACUGUAAAAUGAAUAUAAAUGUGUGUUUUAUUUUGAUUGCAUGUCAUUUGGUCCUGCAGUUGGUGUCACAGACAUCAAAAUGAACUUUUUUCAACACUGCAGAGGAAAUCUGAUAGACGAUAGAUGGGUAUGGACUGGAAAAAGAAAUCCAUCAAACUUCCCCGUUCUUUUCAUACAAAUGCAGCCUGUUGAGCUUCCUCUAGCUAAUGUCCUGACUGACUGAACAUCUCUUUGUUAACACUACAAGUUGAUGUGUGGCGCAGGUGUCAGAGAUGAAGUCAGUGGACACUGCAAAGGAUUAGCUAGUUUCAGAGGAAAAACAAAAAGCAUCUUCAUUCAUUCAUUCAGUGUUUUGUGUUACUUUCUUAGUUGAGCAGAGCUGCUGCAGCAUCUUGUUCCCCUGGGCUUCUCUUGGGCUCUCAAACAGGAGAAAUAUGUCAUUCAUUCACUCUGCAUUUCCAUACUAAAGAGAGAAUCGGCUGUAUGAUAUGACUCAGACAUUAUAAAUUACCAUUGUUCUCAUCAGCACUAGCAUAAAUUGUGCCGUUUUAAAGAAAUGUUCAAAACUAACUUAAAAAGAGAUACAUCCCCUCCCCAGCUCUUGCGGUACUGGUGUGAACAUGCUGAAGCCGGUACCAGAUGUUUCCUCUCCGAUCCCAUGUGUACAUUUGGAAAAACUGGACUGUUUGUAGUUUCUGGUAGCUGUGCUUAGUGAAUGUGUUCACUGUUAAGAAACUUGGAAUAAAUUGUCAAAUCUGUAAAAGUAAAAUAAAAGAAUUCAGCACUG